CCCCCUUCCCUUCCCCAGGCAGGAGCCAGGUUGCCCCCUUGCCCUCCCGGGGGCCUGGCUGCUCCCCGGCCGAAGAUGUUGGCCUACAGCGUGCUGGACGUGCAUGUGGUGGACGUGGAAAAGAGGAGGAACCCCUCCAAGCACUACGUGUACAUCAUAAAUGUCAUGUGGUCUGACUCGACUUCCCAGAUCAUCUACCGAAGAUACAGCAAAUUCUUUGACCUGCAGAUGCAGCUGCUGGACAAGUUCCCCAUCGAAGGAGGCCAGAAGGACCCUAAACAGAGAAUCAUCCCCUUUCUACCAGGUAAAAUCCUGUUCCGGAGGAGUCAUGUUCGAGACGUGGCUGUGAAAAGACUGAAGCCCAUUGAUGAGUAUUGCAGGGCACUGGUCAGGCUCCCUCCUCACAUUUCACAGUGCGAUGAAGUUUUUCGGUUCUUUGAGACUCGACCAGAGGACCUGAACCCUCCAAAAGAGGAAUAUGGAUCCUCCAAAAGGAAAUCAGUUUGGAUGUCCAGUUUGUCUGAUACUCCAAAAAAGGAUGUUGCAGGUGCUGACGCUAGCUCCGAGCCCAUGAUCUUGGAGCAGUAUGUGGUGGUGUCCACCUACGAGAAACAGGAGAACUCCGAGAUCAGCCUGCAAGCCGGGGAGGUCGUGGAUGUCAUCGAGAAAAACGAGAGCGGUUGGUGGUUUGUGAGCACAGCAGAAGAGCAGGGCUGGGUCCCUGCCACGUACCUAGAAUCCCAAAAUGGAACGAGAGAUGACUCUGAAAUAAACACAUCCAAAGCUGGGGAAGUUUCUAAACGACGCAAGGCUCACCUGCGGCGCCUGGACCGGCGAUGGACGCUGGGCGGGAUAGUCAACAGGCAGCAGAGUCGAGAAGAGAAAUAUGUCACAGUCCAGCCAUACACCAGCCAAGGCAAGGAUGAGAUUGGGUUCGAAAAAGGGGUCACCGUGGAGGUCAUCCAAAAGAACCUGGAAGGAUGGUGGUACAUAAGGCAUCUAGGCAAAGAGGGCUGGGCCCCAGCCUCCUACCUGAAGAAAGCAAAAGAUGAUCUUCCAUCCAGGAAAAAGAACUUAACUGGGCCAGUGGAAAUCAUAGGCAACAUCAUGGAGAUCAGUAACCUGCUGAACAAGAAGCCCUCCAGCGAUAAGGAAACCCAAGCGGAAAAUGAAGCAGCAGAGUCCCACAUCACCAAAAAAGAAAUCAGCUUGCCCAUCCUCUGCAACGAUUCGAACGGCAAUGCCAUGAUGACCGCAGACAAGCAGGCUUUGAAACUGGCUCAGGGAUCCCCCGCUGUAGCAAGGAUUGCACCGCAAAGAGCACAGAUAAGCUCUCCAAAUCUAAGAACGAGGCCUCCCCCACGCAGAGAAUCCAGUCUGGGUUUCCAGCUGCCUAAGCCACCAGAACCGCCCUCAGUAGAAGUGGAGUACUACACUAUUGCGGAGUUCCAGUCUUGUAUUUCAGAUGGGAUAAGCUUUCGAGGAGGGCAGAAAGCAGAGGUUAUUGAAAAGAACUCUGGUGGCUGGUGGUACGUACAGAUUGGCGAGAAAGAAGGAUGGGCACCAGCAUCUUAUAUCGAUAAAAGGAAGAAGCCCAAUUUAAACAGAAGAACUAGUACGCUGACCCGGCCCAAAGUUCCUCCCCCAGCACCUCCCAGUAAACCAAAAGACUCCGAAGAAGGAGCAGUUCCCGGGACCAUAUCUUCUGGAGAAGCCCAGGACUCCCUACAGAAGCCCAGAUAUGAAGAGCCCGAGUACGAUGUGCCUGCCUUUGGUUUCGACUCGGAGUCUGAAGUGAAUGAGUGCCAGCGAGAAGACAGCACCUUGGAAAAACGCAUGUUCCAGCCGUUCAAGCCUUCCCCUGUAUCGUCCCUCCAGAGGGCAAAGUUCAAAGUUGGUGGGUCUUCAGAGGACGUUGCCCACGAAGAAGAAACCAUCUAUGAAAACGAGGGAUUCAGACCUUACCUGGAAGACGCCUUAUCAAGUAAGGAAUCUAGUGGAGACUCAGAUUCCCUCAAAAGCUCCUCGCUCUCCCUGAUCCGAAGGAACUCUCCGUGUUCUGGUUCUCCCAAAUCGUCACUCCUGAAGCUCAAGUCUGACAAAAACAUCCAGCCCGAUCUUGGAAAAUGUCACUAUUCCAGGAGUGAGGAGACAAAACUCAGGUCAGCCUCCGAUGCUGGCUUGCGUAGCAUGCCCAAAGCAAGUGUCAAGAAGGAGCCUGGCCAGAGCCCCUCCAUCCGAGCAAAGCCAAUAGUUAGACCAAAACCAUUCCUGAACAAGGCAGAUUCUUCAAGCCAAGAAAAAAUGGACAUCAGCACUUUACGGCGUCAGCUGAGGCCAACUGGACAGCUUCGAGGUGGACUUAAAGGAUCUAGAAGUGAGGAGUCUGAAAGCCCUCCCCGUACAGCAUCCGAGAACCAAGAAGAGUCCUUCAGGAGAAGCUCGGCAGAUCUCAUCACGUCUCCUUCCCAUGGCAUUUUCUGUUCAAACCACUCCAUCAAGACUGAGCAAGAGAACAACUCUAAGUGCUUCUACGUGACCACUGAUGCCUACCAAAAGGUGCAGGAGUCUGAAAUCUGCUUUCCAGCAGGAGUGGAAGUAGAAGUGCUGGAGAAGCAAGCCAGUGGGUGGUGGUACCUUAAAUAUGGAGACAUGGAAGGGUGGGCCCCUUCCCACUAUCUGGCUCUUGCUGAAAACCAGCAGCGAGAAACCUCAGCCACAGAGGCCGAUGCCAAGAACAGAAGGAACGAAAGCAAGUCGAACAGCUUGGAGAAGAUAGAGAAGAGAGUCCAGGCUUUGAAUACCAUCAACCAGAGCAAAAGAGCAACGCCUCCUAUUCCAAGUAAGCCUCCUGGUGGCUUCUCCAAAACAUCAGGGCCCAUCAAAAUGAGGAACGGAGUGAGACAACUGGCAGUGAGGCCACAGUCGGUGUUCGUCUCCCCACCACCGAAGGACAGUAACAUCUCAUGCUCCCUGCGCCGCAACGAAUCCCUAACGACUACAGACCACCUGAGGGUUGUCCGCCGGAACGCGUCUUUUAGCAGCACCCAUUUACAGCCCGGCGACUCCAAGGCCAAGCCGGCCGAUCGAGCCGUCACGGAGGAAUCGGAAAACACCUCCAGCCUGUCGGGCCAGCGAAAUGGGAUCCCGGUGUCCACUGUCAGGCCAAAGCCCAUUGAAAAAUCUCAGUUCAUCCACAACAAUCUCAAGGAUAUCUAUGUUUCCAUUGCAGACUAUGAGGGGGAUGAGGAGACUGCAGGGUUUCAGGAAGGCGUGUGCAUGGAGGUCCUAGAAAGGAACCCAAAUGGCUGGUGGUAUUGUCAGAUCAUGGAUGGCGCGAAACCAUUUAAAGGCUGGGUGCCCUCAAACUAUUUGGAGAAAAAGAACUAAUGUUGUAAUAUCUUUAAUUCCCUAAUUUAUACUGUUCCUGCUGUGUACACAUGGAAAAAAAACAAACAUUACUGCUACACAAAAAGACAUUUCCCUGUGCUCUCAGUUUGUACAAAAGGACCAACCGGCCGAGCGAUGCUGAUGACAAGUCACUGUGUUCUGGAGAAGUUGGGGAGUUGACCUGCUGGAAGCAAUUCGGACACGUCUAUAGAGGAGCGGCAGCAUAGAUGAAUGCUUUUUUUGUGGAGUUGUUAAAUAAUCUUGUGUGUAACAGGGUAUGAUAUCCCACCUUUUCCACUUUAACAAUGGUAGGAAACCAAAUGUGUGCCUUGUGUGGGGGAGAGAAAUUGAUGUGUCUACUUGAGGAGUUAAGUGCCAAACAAGAUGUUAGUGGCUCCCUCUCUCCUUAUUUUCUGUACGUGGACCAUCCAGGAGUCUUGAAUGCAUUUCCCCGACUUCGACUGGGGUAAGCAGAUGGGAAUUACAUUUGGAAAUAGAGGAACCCCAACCCUGUCUAGAAACUCACGUUUUUCACUCGAGCCGAUUUUGUUCCAGAGUUGGAGCCUUUUCAUCGUGGAGGGAUUUGGUUUCUAACUUUGCAGAUGCGUUUUGUUGCCGUAUUCCAGAAACGGCUUCCAUGAGAUCUUGGGUUUCGGGGGGGUUUUUGCUUCCUCUUUUGUUCUGGAUCUAGGCCCUUGAGAUGGGACUCCAGAUGUUUUUAAGGCUAUUUGUGCCAACUGGAUGCUCACGAGCCCACCUACUCAUCCUUUGUGCAUCGUGGUUAUUUUGGAGGUCCUUUUUUUUUGUUUGGUGUGGUGAUCCCUGCCCGGAGGUCCACAUUGAUUCUCUUUCCAGAGUUGGGUUCCUACAAACUGGCAUCAUCGUGAACUACAACAAAAUGUCUCUGAGACCUUUAAACAUGAAAACUUAGUCUGAUGCAUUACUUCACGCUUAGACCCAAAGUGGAGCAUGGUGACUGUUGGCAGGGCCCACAAAGGUAGACAUUAGAAACAGCCGUAACCUUUUGCAACAUCAGUGUUUACAAAGAGAAGAAAAAGCCAUUGAUUUCA